AUGGAUAAUGCAACGCAUAAUGUAUUAGAAGCUUAUAAACUCAUUUUAGAAAACGGCGGCAAAGCACAUGCAAAAGGAAGCGAAAAUUGUAAUACACUUCUUGAUUAUCAUUCAAAGAAAGGUAACUUCGAAAUAGUUAAAAUUCUUGUUGAACAUGGUGCACGAAUUACAGAAAAUACUAUCAAAUUAUGUAGCGAAGAUACAUCUUUAUAUUGUUUGAUUGAUCAUGCAGAUGAAGAUAUGGUGGAUGAAAGUCUUGAAUCAUUAAUUAAUAAUGAUGAAAAACCAUCAGGAUUUCUGUAUUACAUGAAAAAUCAUUCACUUGAAAAUUUAACAACAUAUGGAAUUCUUUCUUGUUUAUCCAAAUCUUUACAAGUCAAGAAUGAAAGUGUUUGUAUUUAUAUCUUGAAAUAUGCUCUAAAACGUGAGGAUUAUAAAGUUGAUGAAUUUACUGAUGAAUAUGAUCACUGGCUUAUUAAUUCAGUGGAAAUGAAUUCGCCAGAAUGUGUUCGAUUACUUCUAGAUUUCAUGGAAAAAAUUAAAUUCAUUGAAGACUAUUUCACACCACGGAUUAUCCAUCUCAAACAAUAUUAUGGGCCACAAUCACGUGAUGCUAUAAUUCCAGACUAUUAUCUUCAUGCAGCGAAACUGAAUAACACUGAAAUUAUUAAAAUACUUAUUGAGCACAAAGUUCCACGUACUCAAAAAUCUAAGGAAUCCCUUAAAAAUGCAUUGUUUUGGGCUGCAGUUCGCCAAAAUGCAGAAAUUAUUCAUUUAUUACUUGAAUAUGGCUAUGAAAGGCUUGAUAUUGCAGAAGAAGACCUUGCACUAUUUCAUAUUCAACCCGAUUUUAUUAAAUUAAUUAGUAAAUGA